GUACAAUAGCCUAUAGCUACUUCUAGGAUGCGGUUUUAGCAACACUAGCUUCUGUUAGAGACAUCGAAACGGCAAAUAUGGAUUUGUUCAAAUCACACAGUCUACCAAAGGGAGUUUACAAAAUGUCAAUAUAUGCCCUUAUCCUUGAGUGGCACACCCUGAUGAUAACUUUUUUAAUCAUUUCUGAAAUAUCUGUCGUAUUUAUUACAUCUCCAACCGUAAAGCUUGAAAUUAGCCAGUGAAAUGCGCUGGAUGUUGUUUUCGGACAUUUUCUGUUAAAAUAAAAAAAAAAUAUAUAUUAGUAAUUGCUCGUGUUGUAUCCCAACUUCGGAAAAAGCUGUCUGUUACAUUCGUCAGCUGGAAACUUGUUCAUUAUGCAAAUUUAGGAUUAGCACCAGCCACUGCUUAAUUUGUUUGUUUUAUUCAUCGUAUUUAACACAUCAGCUGAUAUUUGGCUUUUUUGUCGUAUGUAUCUUAGCAAAGUUACUCAAUGCAAGCAUCAACGCAAGCUUGGAUCCUUGCGAAGACUUCUUCGGCUUUGUUUGUGACGGCUGGAUCAGAGAUCACCCCAUUCCAGAGGCUGAUACAUCGUUUGGAACGUUUGAACUAGCGGAGCAAAACGUGCGAAAUCAACUAAAAGAAAUAAUUGAAAACAUAACUGACAUCACUGAACCCCACAAUUUGAAAGAGAAAGCUGCAACUGUGUACAAGGCAUGCAUGUGUGAAGUUUUCACAGAAGAGGAACUCCUAAAGAUGGUGCGGGACCUUCUUUUCCGUAGCGGAUUUCCUACAUGGCCUGUCUUGAGACCAUCAGAACUUCCUUAUAGAAACUACACAGAGUUUCUGAUGAGAACAUCUUUAUGGCCGUUCUUUUACAUUGGUGUCGGUCAAGACCUUAACGAUACAACGCGCUUCAUCAUCGAGUUGGAUGAGAUGCCAUUACCUGUUUUGGGCAGAGAUAGACUGCUUAAUCCAAAUGCGACAGAUUACAACCGACGGAUUGUACAAGCAUACAUAACUCUUAUUGCCACAGCUGUGAAAGUACUACACCCGGACGCCUCUCAGUACGAUGCUUUGGUGGUUGCCGAAAGGAUUUUCGUAUUUGAGGCAUGGCUUGCUUCGAUGACAAUGCAUCCGGAUGAAAGACGAGACAUUAAGGCCAUUUACCAAAAAUUAACUAUUCGGGAACUAGAAGAUCAAGUGCCAAACAUUCCACUCCUACAUGGCUUGAACAAAGUGUUCUCGCUAGCGAACAUCACAUUAAAUGAGACAGAGCAAGUCGCUAUCUUUGGGAUGUCUUACUUCAAGAAGGUCAACGACUUUUUUGAGUGCAUAUAUGACCUGACGGACAUGUACAAUCUUGCUGGGUGGAGACGCACCUUCCAGCUGCUUUUGCUAACGUCGAAGAAAUUCGAAAAUGCUUGGCAAGGGGUUCUAGAAGCUGCGUAUGGCGUCCGAAAAGCAAAACCGCGUUGGCAGUAUUGCCUCGGAAAAGUCGUCGGCACGAUGCCUUUCGUGAUUGGCGGAAUGUACGUCGAGAAGAACUUCAACGUCACAGCAAAAAAUGACGUCGAAAUGAUGAUAGAAAAAAUCAAGAAUACCUUUAAGGAAUCGCUUUCAUCAAGACCGUGGAUGGACAACAGCACAAAAGAAGCAGCACUGCUGAAGCUAGAGAAAAUGGCAAACAAAAUAGGAUUUCCUCCAUGGAUUCAAAACGAUACCUAUAUGGAACAACAAUUUCGAUACGUUCCUCAUUUCAACUUAAGCGACCCCUUUUUUAAGAUUGUAUUACUUUUCCAAGACAAUGCUGCUAUCAAAAAGCUCCUACUACUAGGAAAGACCCCCGAUAAGAAAAACAGCUGGGUCACUGCACCGGCCGUCGUAAACGCGUUCUACAACCCUGGGGCGAAUGAAAUGGUUUUCCCGGCCGGUAUACUUCGAGACUCUUUUUACCAGCAUGGACUACCGGAGUCGGUUAACUACGGGGCGAUCGGCACCAUCAUCGGCCACGAAAUGAUUCAUGGCUUCGACAACACAGGCAAGAAGUUCGACGAGGACGGACGGUUGAGAAACUGGUGGUCCAAUUCGACACAAAAGCAGUUCGAAAAGAAGGCAGAAUGUUUUGUUCGCCAAUACAGCUCCGUGCUCAGUGGACUGCCCAACAGAACGUUGAAUGGUGUGAAUACGUUGGGCGAGAACAUGGCCGACAACGGAGGAUUUCGAAUGGCUUUUAGGACACUUGACCCACAUUUGAAGGCCUUCAAAACGCCGGACGUGCGCCUUCCAGGACUGGAACGAUACUCCUCGAAGCAGCUGUUUUUCAUCUCUAGUGCUUUCGUCUGGUGUGGCAGCUUACGUCCAGACGCACUGCGUUUGCAAAUAGAAUAUGACCCCCACAGCCCGCGGCGGCAAAGGAUAAACGUCUCCUUGAGGAAUAUGAAAUCAUUUACUUCAGUAUUUCGCUGCGAAGAGAAGGGGAAGAUGCAAUUCAAGGCCAAAAGCAACGAGACUUGCGUGCUGUGGUGACUUUAUUACAAUAAACUUAUUAAGUUAAUGU